AAGGCCAAGGUUCCACGCGAGGAACCACAACCUGAAGGAUCUGGUGCCCUCGGGCUAGACCUGACCGAAGCAAUUCACAAGAUGGUAAGAACGCAACAAGCUAUGCUGAACAUGAUGGCCCAGAACGCAGCACCGCAGAACGCACCAGCAGCCCCGGCUUCCUCAAGACCUGGCCCUCAUCACCGCACGAACACCGUACAGAGUGCCGCGUCCGCCACCGUCAAUCAGCCCAACCAGCAAAAUCCUACUAAUUUGGACAGACCUGGCCUCACAGCCGAGGAGCGAGCUGCCCAACUGUAGCCGCCGAAGCCAGCUGGUCAGAAUGACGGUAGACCUGGCCUCAAUUCCUCACAGACCCAGCACCAGCCCUGCCAGCCGAAUAGUGUUGCUGAUCCCGGAGCCGGCGCCCACGACCAAG